GGUUUUUCAAUUACCUCUUGAGCAUUUUAUAAAAAAUGGCUAAUGAACAUACUUACGCAUGCGUGGUUGGAAUAGAUCUCGGUGUAGCAGCUACAUUGUCUGUUGCUCAUGUCUUGGACCCCUUUAAUAUUAUCCAACUUAUUCCCACAAAGAAAAAGUAUAGUGCAAAUAUUUAUUUAAAAUAUCAUAUGGCCUGAAAUAUAUUAUAGGAGAGUCAUAAAGUCUACACCGUCUUCAGUUUUAUCAUCUAAAAAAGACAACAGUAGAGAGAAAAAGAAAAAGGCAAAAGACGAAAGAAUGGAAGAGGUCAAAAACAAAGAGGAGAUAGUAGGCGAUGCUAGUACAAGCGACAAAGUAUUCAGUGCUUUGCUUCGGAAAAUGUCAAGCAAUGGUAUCAAAAUUUCAGACUUCAAGGAACUUUUUAACAUCCAGACGACGGACGAGAAUCUUGAAAGAUUGAAGAUAAGCCUGACAUUGAAAAAAGUGUUGUCAGACUAUCUGUCUCUCAUUGUUCAUAUUGCAUUUAAAAAAUUAGAGGUGUCUGACGAAAUUAAGAAGAGUAGAUAUUUUAAUGAUUUUAACGAAGCAAACAGUCGUUACUGCUUUGUGUGUCCCAAAUCUCUUCGGGAUUAUAUGACCGAAUGUUUUGUUGAUGCUGGAUUAAUACAAGAACACGAAGUCAAUCAGCGUCUUUCUUUUGUGACUGAGGUGGAAGCUGUGGCGUAUAACCUUCUUUCUUUGAGCAGGAUUUCAACUGAACUUACUCCCAAUCAAAGUUAUCUUGUUUGUAAUGUGAGCGAAAAUGCCUUCGGUAUAGCUGAGAUCAACGUGGACACUACGGAAUCACUUAGUACGGUUGAGUUGAUAUAUGAAAGCUCAAAUCAUGGAUCAAUGGCUUUACAAGCCAAUCUUCGAGACUAUUUAAAGACCAACAGUAUAGCAUUAAAUUUAAAUAAUUCGAUUAUAGAUGAUAUGGUUACAGACUUUACCAACCGGUUUAAGGACAAUUUAUCUUUUAACCAGUCGCGUACCCGGAAAAGGGUCCAACCAGACCAUCGUAAUUUCAACAGUGAAAACCCCAAUACGAACGCCUUCACCAAUAUCCUAGACGCUGAUAAAAACCCAAUCACAAUCACUUUAGGCGAUUUAAACCGAGUAGUUCAUAUACCAUUUAUUAAACACCUUACUCAGCACAUCAUUGAUAGUUUCAAAAGCCUGGAAAAUCGUAAACUCAUUUUAUCCGGCAAGUAUUGUCAUGACCCUUACUUUAUGGACUUCAUGUUGUACAAUAGCGGUAUAACGUAUCUGGAACAUGCUAGUAUACUUUAUGAUAUCUACGUCAAGGAGUCAUUUGGGGCAGUCUCUGCAGCAUUGAGAAUAAAUGAAUUUCAGUUACCCAUUUUACUUGAUACUGCAGUUGAUGAAACCGAAAAUGACAUUGUCUCAGAAACAGAGAAUAUCAAUCAAGGUUUUGAUUUUCUAAUUGGAAUUGAUUUUGGUUCUUCAUAUGCUGGAUGCUCUUACGUUGAUCUCAGGAACGGUGAAAACGUUAUCAAGACUAUCAAAGCUGAUGAUUGGCCUGGAGGAGGGUUUAGCAUAUUAGACAAGAUUCCAACUCUAUUAUUAUCAAAAAAAAUCACGCAAGAAUUUACGGCUUGGGGGAAAGAGGUCAAUUUACAGGCAGUCUAUGAUGAAAAUGCUUCUGUUUGUGCGUUUUUGCGAGAUACAGUAGAUCCCGACUAUAGAGGAAUAAAACAAAAUGAAGAAGCUCUCUACUAUUAUUUAAUGCGUUUAAAUGAGCACGUAAAGGAGUUUAUAAUCGAAAAUGAAACAAAAGGCAAGAUGAAAAUAGAAAAAUACCAGUUCAGAUACGUAAUGACUUUACCAGAUUGGUGGGAUGAUUCGGCUAGAUAUUAUUUAGUUGAAGCAGCAAUUAAAGCCCAGAUUAUUCAAGAAAACGAGAUUAAUCUCUUAACUCUAAUCACUGAACCGGAUGCAGCUAUGUUUUUCUGCAAGAACUUGUUGUAUAAUUAUUUUGGAGACUUUGGGAAUUUUGGAAGUGAAAGAAAAACGUUUAUAUUAUGUGAUGCUGGCGGAUAUUCUACUGAAUUGUUUACUUACCACUGCCAUGUUCAAGCAGGCGAGUUGAAUUUUUUUCAAAUUCUUGAAAGCUCCAGAGGCGGAGACGGUUCUAUAAGACUUAAUGAGAAUUUCAAGGAUUACCUCGAAAGUAUUUAUAUAGAAAACAGUGACACGCAUGGCGACUUUGAGGAUAUGGUUAGUGAAGAAACCUUGGAUUAUUUUGAAAACGUAUAUAAGCCACUUUAUAUGCAAUAUUUAACGGAUGAUGAUGAUGGCUAUCACGAUUUUAAUCUGGAUGGAUCAACGAUGUUAAAUGGUAUGCGUAUACCUGCUUCUAUGGAAAAAAACAUAUUUUUAAACGAUAAUACAACCCUUCGUAUAAGAAAUGAAGACAUGAAAACUGACAUAGUUGAUCCCGUUGUCAAUAAUGUUCUCUCUUUUAUAAAACAGCAAUGCAAAAAAACCGAAGAUAAUAGAAUAGGAAUCGAAGGAAUUAUCAUGGUUGGUGGUUUCUCUCAAUCCAAGUACUUACAAAAGCAGGUUAAAAAAGAAUUUCGAGGAGUCUACAAAGUCAUUUUUCCUGAUGAACCAAUCAACGCUUUUUCUCGAGGAGCUGUAGAAUAUGCCUUAAAGCCAUUUGAUAUAUUAGAGGGUUACAUGGGACUAUCACUUUCUUUAGAGGUCCAAAAGCCUUUAAAAAGAUAUGAUUUGGUUCAGCCGAGCUGCUUAAAAUCAAAGGGUCCGGAUGGUAGAUACUACUUAAAGAAUUAUCAACAAUACUUUGUCAAGGAGGGCCAGAAAAUUAAAAGAAAGAAGCUCCCCCAUUGUUUCUCUCAGCUUAUAACCGUUGAGUAUCCUAAAAGUGCUGUUAUCGCUAUUUAUUCUACUCAAAUUUUUAAUUAUGAAGAAAAACAUCUGACAAAAAUUGCGGAAAUUAGGCUCAACGUACCCCCAACAGGAAGUGGGAUAAAAAAUGGUGACAUGAUUGAAUACAAGGUCACUGUUACUGUUUUCGACGAUGAGGCUGUAGUUCAAAUAUCAUAUGGGAAUCAUGAUAUACUUUUUGACGGACCAUUUCCUUUGAAAAAAAAUAUUAUGGAUUAUUAUAAGCCUGAUGUUAGACGUGUUUGGGAUGUUCUGAUUGAUAAUUAUUUGGUAAUUAUUGGCAGGGAUGCUCGGUACUACAUAGACAAGUUUUAGUUAAGAAUCUUUAUUUUGAAUCCUUCUAUAUAAAGAAAACAAUAAAAAAACGAAAGAUAUCUUUCCAAAAC